AUGGGGACUGCAGCGGCGGCAGCGGCGGCGGCCGGGGAGGGGGCGCGCAGCCCGAGCCCCGCCGCUGUGUCGCUCGGCCUGGGCGUGGCCGUCGUGUCGAGCUUGGUGAACGGGUCCACGUUUGUGCUGCAGAAGAAGGGCAUCGUGCGCGCCAAGCGGCGAGGAACCUCCUAUUUAACAGACAUUGUGUGGUGGGCAGGCACAAUUGCAAUGGCUGUUGGCCAGAUUGGAAACUUCCUGGCUUACACGGCGGUCCCCACGGUCCUGGUAACUCCCCUGGGUGCCCUUGGAGUGCCGUUUGGGUCCAUUUUAGCCUCUUAUCUUCUGAAGGAAAAGCUCAACAUCUUGGGCAAGCUGGGGUGUCUGCUAAGCUGUGCAGGUUCUGUCGUGCUGAUUAUCCACUCCCCAAAGUCGGAGAGCGUGACCACUCAGGCCGAGCUGGAGGAGAAGCUAACCAACCCAGUGUUUGUGGGCUAUCUGUGCAUCGUGCUCCUCAUGCUACUGCUGCUCAUCUUCUGGAUUGCGCCAGCCCAUGGGCCCACCAACAUCAUGGUCUAUAUCAGCAUCUGCUCCUUGCUGGGGAGUUUCACUGUGCCUUCCACCAAGGGCAUUGGGCUGGCAGCCCAAGACAUCUUCCACAACAACCCGUCCAGUCAGCGGGCCCUCUGCCUGUGCCUGGUGCUCCUGGCCGUGCUCGGCUGCAGCAUCAUCGUCCAGUUCAGGUACAUCAACAAGGCGCUCGAAUGCUUCGACUCCUCCGUGUUUGGGGCCAUUUACUAUGUCGUGUUCACUACACUGGUCCUGCUGGCCUCGGCCAUUCUCUUCCGGGAGUGGAGCAACGUGGGCCUGGUGGACUUCUUGGGGAUGGCCUGUGGGUUCACCACUGUCUCUGUCGGGAUUGUCCUUAUACAGGUGUUCAAAGAGUUCAAUUUCAACCUUGGGGAGAUGAACAAAUCCAAUAUGAAAACAGACUAGGAGAUAACAGGGGGUUGGGUGGCUCGAGGAACAGGAAAUGGUUGUGGUUUCUGGUCCUAAUUUGAUGUGAAAUAGAAGAGUCCCUAAAUUGCGGGUAUUAGAGUUGUCUGUGUAUUAAUGGGUGGUCUGGUGGACAGUGGGGAGCGUUGCUCAGCACCAGGGUGGGGCCCAGUCCUCUGUAGUCUGAGGUUGCUAGAUGGUUGCCUGGGUGUCAGCUUUGUCUGAUGAGAGGAAUCUCAUGUUCAUUGUCAUUAACCUGGAAGCUUUCAUGAAUACUCUUUCCCUUUAAAACAUUUUAACAUUAUUUGAAUAGGAAAUAAAGAUGAGCUCUUUCUGGUUAGUUUUUGCAGGGGAGCAGAUAUUCUUACUUAAAAGAUUACUUUGGAAAUGGGAGAAAUUGUUGUCUUGAGCUCCAACUCUGUAAAUGCGUGUGUAGUUGUACUAUUUUGCAUUAAGCAUGUAUAACAUUCAGGUAUCUCAUCCAAACAGGAGGUGUAUACAUGUAAUUGUUUUUAAUCCUUUAAUGAGCUGACCCUCCCAGCCCCCACUCCAAGACAUUUUAAUUGCAAAUAGAGAAGAGUGAAUGGACAUGAUGUAGUGUUCCAUUUACAAGAUGACUUUCAAUAGUUCAAAUCAAUUUCAGUGCCUUUAUCACUUGAAGUAUUCACUUAAUUUGACUAUUACUGUGUGUAUGUUCUCUUAGGUUAGAAUAAUGCCACCUCCUUGAUUAUACUUUAAUAUUUCACUAUUCAAAAUGUAAACGUUUAAAGCAGUUAGAAAUAAUAGUAUAUUCAUUUGUUGGAAGAGAGUCAAGACUGAAGACACAUUAGAGCAAGUUGACCCUUUUAGCAUGUAGUUAUUGUCCAGUUAAAGAUAAUUGACUUCAGUAGCAUGAGAUAUUUUUUUUGCAUUCAGUCUCUAUAACUGGGAUCCAGUAUUGGAUAUAUCCAUGUUCUCUUCCAGCAAGCACUGUGGCCACUGAGAAGAAAAAAGGCUGUUAGAUGAGGGGGUAACUGUUCAACAGCACAUAUAUUGAGUUCGCUGUAAUACAGGAACAAGUUAAAGGACGCAAUUAAGCUUAGGCUAGUUUCUACAAAUUGGCGCACACACAGUGAGUUUUCAAAAGAAUUUCUAGCAAAAAUGAAAACAACUUAGCCAUCUCCCUGUUGUUUGAGAUGGCAGAGCACCCUACAAUUUCUCACCUAACCUCUCAUUAAACUUCUGAAAUGCAAAAUAGCCAUUAAUUAUGCCAGUAUCCGGAUCAAAGAGAUCAUUUGUCUAUAGUAACCUUCCAUGUGUAUUAAAUGGGAACAAAGCACAAAGUGAUGCAAAUAUUUCAUCAAUAGUUCAUAUCAUGUACUUCGUGUGCAAUGUUUUAUCUAAAUAGGGACCUCUGCCAACUGGAAAGAUGGGAUAAGGUAAAGUGGAUUCAGUGAAGUAGAACAUGAAAUUUAAUAAUACCCAAUUAAAGUUAGUCACUAAGGAAAAAAAUGUGUUUUUCCAGACAAAAAGAACAUUUCUAAAGAUCUAAGAGAUAGUUCCCUAAAGUAUUGAACAAAGAGGCUAAAUAAAAAUAGGAUAGUUUAACAUAGAAGAAAGAAUGGCUUUAAUGAGUUAAAAGUGCACGUGAUGAUCCUGGGUUGUCAGUGAUUUGUGAACUAAGAGCAGCAACAAGAUUAUUUAAAAUUUAAAAAAAAUCUUACGUUAACUGAUGGUUAAUAAAUGCUCAAAAAGUCCAUUCCUCUUUUUAUCAGCUCUUGAAAGUUUGUUUUUUUAUCAUCAGUAUUUUUAGGAAUGCAGGCCUUUAUUUAUUGAACUGAACUUUCUGAAAAUUUAAUGUAGCAGUGUCCAUAUACUUUUAGGCAUAAAAAUAGUCUCCUAGGUAAGGAGUUUGAGAUAGUCAAAGAAUACGUGUGGCCAUACAAGUCUAAUGAGGAAGUUCAUGUGUCAUAUGGAAAUUAUCAUGUUUAUUUUGUUACAUGUGAAGCUAAGUUUAAAUGCAUCUGUUGGUGUUCCUUAUUACAGCUAAUCCACAAUUAUACCACGGAUACUCGGUGAUAUUUUCUGAAUGAUCUUCCUAUGAUUUUUUUAGAGGAAAACAAAAUCUCAAAGUAUUAAUAGCUUGUCUCCAUUUGAAGGUCCUGGAACAGUUAGCCUGUUCCAGGUUUAUACCUGUUCACAGAUGGCUUUGGUAGGAUGUUCCUUCCCGUGGAAUGAAGUUCACAUCAUUCGUUGUAUUUCAAGUGUGUGACUCGAGCCUCAAAGUAAUUGAUGUGACCAGCAAUCUAACAGCCUGAUUUUCAAGUUUGACAUCAAGCAUAUAAUUUCUGAUUUAAUAGUAUUUAUUUUACAAAUUCAUGUUUUCAUAAUUCAUUUGGAAUUGCAAAGGAAAAAGAAAAUAAAGGCCUUAAAGUGAGAGUUUUAGGGGAGAGCCCCCAGAACGGGGAUGGGUCUUGUAUUGGUCUUUCCAAAAGUAAAUACAUGUGAAACAUUUCAUUAUUAUACUGUUCUUUGGGUUCUAUCUCCUACAAAAUUGAGAAAAAUAUGCCUGCUGUCUACUAGUUUUUGAGCCUCCUCUAAAAUCAUGUUUCUGAUCACAAUUUGCAGAUCUACUCUGGAUAGAUACUUAAAUAGGCCAUUUCUGUCCUCUCCUACUUGGACAAUGCCUUGUCUUCUCAUCUGAAUCUUUGCACUUAACAAGAUUGCUUCCUAUUCUGCUCAUUUGUCAAGUGUAGGGCCUAUUAAGGAUUCUAACCCAAAACCAGCACCGAGACAGCCCUGGGCAUUUUGCUAUUGUACAGAACCACUCCAUCUCUGUGGAGGAGGUUCUGGAGAGGAAGGGCAGUCUGCUCCCUGCCACACGUGGAGCCAGAACUGCCCACAGCUGGGACUUCAGGGAGGACUCAUCACUCAGACGUAUUAUGGUCUUUUCACAUUAGAACGUUAGUGAAAUAUACUUCACUGCUCUUGGUUCAGCAAUAAGAAAUAUUCUUUCAAUUCCUACUUUUCAAGCCAAUUUGUUAUACUCAGUUUUAUUUCCAGAAGUUGAUUCCACCAGUAGUAGGUUGGUUUUUGUUCUUUAUCUUUGGGUUUCAUGUCUAGUAGAAGAGACCACUAUUAAAAUGUGCAGUCACCUCUCAUCUUUCUUAUUCCUUGACAGCUCAGCUCUUUAUAAAUACUGUGCUCACUUCUAGAGGCCAGUUCCUAGACAUCUGUAAAGUGCUUGAGAUGCA